AGGACGACUUAAUAAUAGCGUGUAUACUCGUACACCUCUACCACCGUCAUUGGUCGUCAUUGGUCGUGCACACAGCCAUUGCAUUAUGUUAACUUUUCCCUGAGGAUUGGUCUGUUUGUCAAUUAAUAAUUACCUAGAUGGAUUUUUAACUGAUUGUCCAUACGUAGGUAUAUCUGUACACAGCGAUGUAACAAACAUAAUUAUCUCGCCUUUGAAUCCAGAUACAAACAAUCUUGACAUUGACGCAACAAACGUUAUGUAACGCUGCGGCUAUCAGCGGGUCGCGGGGCGCGGAGAUAACAGCGGCGGCCGAGACACGCAGCAGAUGAGAGCAGCGUCGCGGCGCGGCGCGUACUGUGGCGGGCAGCGCGAUACUGCAGCUAUGAAGGUGGUGGUGACGGGCGCGGCGGGCUUCCUGGGCGCGCGGCUGGCGGCGCGGCUGGCGGCGGGCGACGCGGCGCUGCCGGUGACCGAGCUGCUGCUGGUAGACGUGGUCCCGCCGCCGCUGCCGCCGCGAGCGCAGGUGCCCGUGGCCACCCUCGUGCUCGAGCUGGGCGCGCCCGGCGCUGCGCAGCGCGUGAUCGCCCCCGACACCGACGUGCUGUUCCACCUGGCCGCCGUGGUCAGCGGCCACGCGGAGGCCGACCUCGAGCUGGGGCUGCGCGUCAACUUCGACGCGACGCGCGCGCUGCUGGACGAGGCGGCGCGCACCAACCCCGCGCUGCGGCUCGUGUUCGCCAGCACCGUAGGCGUGUUCGGCGGGGAGCUGCCCGACGUCGUCGACGACCUCACGGCGCUCACGCCGCAGAACUCGUACGGCACCGCGAAGGCGAUGAGCGAGCUGCUGAUCGACGACUACUCGCGGCGCGGGCUCGUGGAUGGCCGCUCCGUGCGGCUGCCCACCGUGAGCGUGCGCGCCGGCGCCGCCAACCGCGCCGUCACGUCGUUCGCCAGCGGCAUCGUGCGCGAGCCGCUGGCGGGGCUGCCGGCCGACUGCCCCGUGCCGCUCGAGCAGCGGCUAUGGCUGUGCAGCCCAGCCGCGGCGCUACGCAACCUGCAGCGCGCGGCCACGGUGCCGGCCGCGGCGCUGGGCGAGCGGCGGGCGCUGACGUUACCGGGGCUGUCGGUGGCGGUGGGCGACAUGCUGGCAGCGCUGGCGGCGGUGGCGGGCCCGGCCGUGACGGGCCGCGUGCGGCUGGCGCCGGACGCGGCGGUGGCGCGCAUGGUGGCGUCGUUCCCCGCGCAGUUCACGGCGGCGCGCGCGCUGCGGCUCGGGUUCACCGCCGACGCCAGCUUCGAGGACAUCAUCCGCGACUACAUCCGCGACGAGCUCGGCGGCUCCUACGUUCACUGACCCCCCUUCUAGCCAUAUAGAGGCGGCCAAUCAGCUCGCGACAACAUACACUUCAGGACCCCGCCAGUGUGGUAGACGGUUUCCCUCAUUCAGCGCUUAUCGCUAUCAGACAUCCACUCCCUAGGGUCUACACCGCCCUCCAAUUGGGCCGUUUCAAUCCCAUUGUCUUAAAUUUUGUACAAAGUAAGAGACCUGAGCGCUCCCCGUUUGUCCAGCCAAGUAGAUAGUCAUGUAAAAAGAUAUAUAAAAGUACGUUCACAAUGAAAACUCGGACUAAUACUAAGGUUAGGUAGUAUAUCUACUACUGAACCCAUUUGUAUUGUGCGGGAAACACGAAUAACAAUAGCGGACGCAAACAUUUAGUUACCAUUUAGUUACCUAAAUGUUUGCCUAAUGUACAUGGAGGUAGUAGAUAACGUACAAAACAUUAUGAAGUAAAA